AUGGAGUCUUUUAGAAAAUGGUUUUACAGGCCAAAGAGGGAUGAUUCUUCCCUCUUAGCUCAGUUUUUUUAUGCCGAUGAGGACCUUAACAAUGUCACAGCAGAAUUGGAUAGUUUCGAUGGCAGAAAAGAUCCGGAAAGGUGUUCGAUAUUGGUAAAUCAUUUAAGACAGUGUCAGGAUAAGGUUUUAAACAUAUGUGGAAAAAUAAUGAAUCAAUUGAUACCGACUAAAAGAGCAUCACGCCAUUUUCGAGUCAAGUUUCCUGAUGAUGUCAUACAAGAAAAUUUGGCGGGUCAAUUAUGGUUUGGAGCGGAAUGUUUGGCUGCAGGAUCAUCCAUAAUGAAUAGGGAAAGUGAAAGUUCGGCCAUGAGACCACUUGCCAAAGCUUUAACGAAAUCUUUAGAAAACGUUAGAAAUCUUUUACGGGAACAAUGUUUUCGAAUGAACGCCAACAUUCAAACUAGUAAUUUUUUAUUUAACGAAAAACUAUUGGAUACUCUCAUUAUAUUCGAUAGAUUAUUUGCCGAGUUUGAGUUGAGUUACGUGAGUGCGAUGGUUCCUGUAAAAAGCCCAGGAGAAUAUUAUUUGCAGCAAUUAGUUAUAGUUUUGUUUUCUGAAACUUUACAAAGAGCUUUGAGACUGAAUUUAUUAACACAAGAAAUGAUUGAUGAUUACGAUCCUGCUUUGAUGUUUGCUAUUCCACGAUUAGCCAUCGUCAGUGGACUUUUAAUUUUCCCAGAGGGUCCUCUGUGCGUGGAUGGAGAUUUACUUGAUAUGUCUGAAAUGUUUAGGCCAUUUCGGAUUCUGCUAAGAAAAAUACGUGCUUUGUUAUUGACUUUAAGCAAUAAAGAAUUAUUCACGUUGGAAAAACUCCUUUGUUCAUGCGAAGAUCCGAACAUUGAUUUUUCCGAUACAAAUUCCUGUAGUAAAUGUUUAGAUGAUAAUGAAAAAUUAGAUGAAAAAGACGUUAAUGUAAAUAGGGAUAAUUACGAUUAUUUCGAAGAUGAUGUUGAUUACGAAUCGAUCGAAUCAUCGGAAAAUAAACCGGACGACGGAGUCAAUUGUCUUCCAUCGGUGGUUAAUGUAAAUAAUAUCGUUCCGUCCGAAAUAACAACCAACGAGUCCACCAUCACGCCUUCAAAAACUGAAAACAUUACCAUCGUUAACGAUACGAAUACAUCUUCCGGGUAUCUGAUCGCGAAUCAAGUUAAUUUAAACUGCAUAACGACACCCAACGAAGCUCCGAUAAUUGUGGGACACUCGCUUCCGGAUGGAGAUCACGCGGAAUCUUUAAACCUUGUCACGGAAACCCUGUCGUCUUUGUUGAACACGAAUACCAAUGAUGAUUCAUCGGAUAAUAAUAUUUUAAAUAUUAACGUUAAUAAUAAUAAUAAUUUUACUAGCAAUGAAUCAGUGAAUAAAUGUACUUGUUUUAAUUCUAGCAGCAUUUGUUACGAUGAUAUAUGCAAUUGUUUCAAUGAAAUUCAUUUGGACAAUGAAUCCGCACUGUCAGAAAAAGAAAAUAUAGAAACGGGUAUUUUAAAGACGGAUGAUGUAAAAACUGAUAUAUUAAAUUGUAAAAUAAAUGGCCGUGAAAAUAGUUACAAUGACCAGUCGGAUAGAUUGGUGAGUCCGGAUUCCGGAUUGGAAAAUAGUGAAGUCGACAAUACGGUUUUAUAUGGGAAGUCGGAAAAUGAGAAAAUGAAUUCGCCGUCCACGUCGAAAGAAAAUUCGAGUCCGGGUUUAGAGAAAAACGAUUUUAUAUGUGAUAUUUGCGGGAAGACGCGUAAAAAUUUCCCCUGUUCUAAAAUACGUCUUUCAGAUUCCAAUUACAUUAGCAACAGUAGUGGCUCCCCAUAUUUAAAUCAGCCUUUAAAAGACUCGAGUUUGCUAGAACAAUGUAAUAAAAUAUCAGACGACUGUAAUAAUGCUGUGGUGGAGGAAAGAAACGAAGAAUGGUACGGGAUUGCCGUGGGUCAAGGAGAUGUUAAAACAAACGAUGUUAAUUUUUACUUUCAAAAUGAACAUGAAAGUGAAAGUCCUAGUCAUAGCGAAUUGCAACAGAAUUACUGCAACAAUUGGGAAGCUCUUAUACCAUUCACAACCGGAAGCGAAGUUCAAGUGGAACCUGUCAGUGAUUCAGUAUCGUUAGAUCUUCCGACUAAUUUUGUCAUAAGCGUAUCAGACGAAAGACAAAUAGCAAGCACUCCAGAAAUUUAUAGAAUACGGACCAGUACUCUCAUUCCAUUGCAAACCUUUGAUAAUUCCAAUGGUCACAACCGAUCGGGUCGUGGUAAUUUCAAUAGGCGUUUGAGUAUAUUAAACGUGGCGAGAAAAGAAAAUUUGGGAAAACCUAAAAAAGUUCACAAAAUGCGAAAUGGUACUCAAAACCAAAAAGAAAAUGCAUCCUUACAGUUAGCUAGUCAUUCCAAAAGGGGUUCGGAUGGUCCACCGAUAAGUAGUAGUUUUUCAUCAAGUUGUUCGAGUUGUGUCACUUCGGAAACGUGUAGCUUAUCUUCCGAAACGUCUUCUUUCAAUUCUGAACUUCAAGAUGAUGAAGAAAUAGCAUUAGCAUUAAAAGCUGCCGAAUCUGUUUGUAGAAAUGAUACGAGAGCAAGAUUCAAAUCGAGCGAGGAUUUAAUUCACAGGUUAUUUGUUUGCAUUGCCGGUGUUGCCGAUCAAUUACAAACGAAUUUUGCCGGAGAUUUGAGAAAUAUUUUACAAUCGGUGUUUUUAAUGAAUGCCACGGAUUCCGAUUGCGAAGAACAAGAUAAUAAUGUUCAAUAUAAUAUUUCAAACGGAUCAGAAAGUGCGGAAGAAGCGUGGGAAAGUUCACCACAAAUCGAAAACGAAAGAAAUGAUGAACCGACGACGACGACAACAACAACAACAACAACAACAACAAUUGCAGCAACAACCGAGGGAAGUGGUAGAGUUGAUGAUAAUAGAAAAGAAAAAGAAAAUCCUCCUCCUUGGGUUCCGGAUGUCAUGGCACCGAGAUGCAUGACUUGCGAGGCUGUUUUUACAUUGGUCAGAAGAAGGCAUCAUUGCAGAAAUUGUGGAAAAGUGUUUUGUGCCAGAUGCAGCUCUAAUUCCGUCCCUUUGCCACGUUACGGUCAUAUAAAACCCGUUCGAGUGUGCAAUCGUUGCUUUCUAUACCAAGUAACUCCUUUUACAAUCGAAGAAAUUCCAACGACAUCAUAG